GUACCAUUCUGGUUUGCAUAAUUUCUCUCCCAUGAAAAGGGUGGAUCAAAGGUUACUAAAAACCUCUGACUGCUCGACUGAAUCUAGCAGGACACAGAGGUGGAAAUAAUGCAAAAAGCGAAGAUGCAAAGGAUGUUCACAGGACGUGACACAGUAUGCUAUCUGAUGAGACGAUAUUUAUCAUGGUGUUCACUGAAACUAGUCACACGCUUUCAAUAUGAGUAGACACGAUAAAUGGGAAACCGCAAAAAAAUAACUCACUGUGAAAAACUGCUGCAAGCAUCAAGGUUGAUACGCUAAGGAUGUCCAACAACAGCCAGAUGACUGGGAUACAUGGAAAUACUUCACUUCUCUGUGGAAAUGACCCUGUGUAUUAUACAAAUACCAUGGGUAUUGUGGUGGACUGGGUGAUAUUCUUCGUGGGACUACCUGAAGUCUGCCUAGCCUGCUACGCUCUUCUGUGUCUACUCAAGAAGGACAAAGCCGCUCCAGUCUUUGCCAUAAACCUGCUCCUGUCAGAUCUCAUUCAGAUUGGGAUCACAGUCGUCUUUAUCAUAAGUCGUUUUUUUGAUGCCACCUUCCACCCCUUCGUCAGGGCCCGCUGCAUCGCACGACUGUUUGUCCGCCUGGGACUGACCUCCAGUUUGGGUUUCAUGCUGCUGAUUUCUGCAGAGAGGUAUUUAUUGGUGUCCUGUCCAGUGUGGUACCGCACUAUGAACACUGCAAAGUUAUCCAUCCUGAUCUCAGUUUGCACGUGGAUCUUUUCACUGGCCUACUCCUCUUUGGAUUAUAUCUUCUUGAUUCACACCAGAUUCUCCUUGUUGCUGUUUUCCAUCAUCUGCCUCCUCCCUGCCCCAUUUCUUCUGGGUUUCUUCAUAGCCACGUGGAAAGCCCUCAACAAGAGCACAGCCAUGAGACAUGAGAAGAAGAACAGGAGGAGAGUUUUGGGGGUUCUGAGCCUGGUAUUGGGGACAUAUAUAGUUUUGUUCUUCCCCUUCUGUUUCAGAAACCUCUACUAUGCUCUCAAAGGUGAUAAUGCCUCAGACAAGGAGGACACUUUCAGGGAUUUUUCCAGUGUUUUGACCAGUGCUCUGGUCUAUCUUAGUCCUCUGAUAGAUGCUUUAAUCUAUAUUUUCAUCAGGAGGGACAUAAGGGACACAGUGGAAGCAUUUCCCUGCUGCAAAAAGCCUCUGACAAAGCUCAGAGAGUUUCAGGACAAGCUAACAGACACUUCCCAGGCAGAGACAGCUUUAUAAUUAAUUUGAUAAGUGGUUUAAAAAGGGAACUGCAUCUCUGGGGGAGUUUUUCAUCACACCCCUUGCAUGGUGACUUAGACUGAAUCAUCUCCUUCUCGCAAGUUAUGCCUAACUGCAUUGCAUUUCUGAACUGCCUCAUGAACCAGAGGUGUCCUACAUACAUAAAGUCCUAUCUCACAAAGUAGGAAAAUUAAGUCAGCUGUAAAACCCAAACCACUAUAAUCAUGCUCCACAAGUUUCUUAUUUCAAGAUAUUUGUGAACACACACAAUCACAUUGUCUGAACAAUUGAAGAUGUCUUUGAGCACAAGCUGAAGUUUUCUAGGGAGACAUUAGCCGACUUGUGAAUUAAUAUAAAUGUCUUUGCUUGUUACAUGUUUUUACUGUUAGUUGAUUUUUACUUUUACUUGAUUGUUUAAAAAACAACAUGUACUUUAUCUACAUCUGCGGUUAAAGUAAUUAUUAAAAUGAUCGAGUGGAAAUUUGCCCUAUUUAAAUAUAAGGUACUCAAGCUAAUUGCAACAAUUUCUGUCUUUGGGAGACACCUAGUGGCUUUACUGAUGUAAAACCACAGCACCCGUCAGCCAUGGUGUGCCAGGAGACGUGGUGGUGAAUUGAUAAGACAAUGCGUCCAAUCAACAAAAACAAAAGAUUGUCAAGUUGGAAAAUUGUCCAAGCAACAAGAUGUUCUUUAACCAGGCUGCCGGUCCUGCCACAGCUCCAUCUUUAGCUGACAGAUACCAUAGUGGGCUGCUCCUGUGACACUGCAGGCUACUGAUGUACCCUGCACAAAAGACUGUAACACUCUCAAGCAGACUCAUGUGGUGCAGCUGAACUGCAGAGGAGGAAGUGGGUGACUUAUCUUAACCAAGAUAAUUAAGUUGUAGACACUGAUAUGCCAUCACCACAGUUGGUCGCCUUUCAGCAACAGAUACAGUGGGCUGAGUAAAUGAAUGAGUGAUCACUGUAAAAAUGCCCUAACAGAUUUAGGACUUUUUUGGUUUUGGGUGAAAUGUUCCGCCACCUAUAGAAUGGAUUGACAUGAAAUUUGGUGCAGAUAUUCCUGAUCCCCAGAGGAUGAAUCCCGAUGGCUUUAGCGAUCCUGUGACUUUUUCCCUAACAGAUGUCAAUCAUUCUCUGUAGAUGGGACACCAUAGUCCACCUACAGAGAGGUAGGUGAACAAAGAACUAAUAUCCUACCUGAAGACCUAACUCGAUGAGAAUACUGACAAACUGCAUUUUCAUUUUGACACCAAAACGACAUGCUGACAUGUUAAAGAAAAUGCAAUAGACUGGGGCGCUUUUUACCUUAUCACAUUGAAUAUUGUCAACUGUACAGCAGACUAAAGCUUGAUUCAUGCCUAGUGCAUUCACAAGUGUUUUCAUGGCCAAAGAGAUGUCACAGAAUCAAGUACAUCCUUUGUGGGGGUCUUGUACAGUGUGUUUUCGCCUGUCCAUGCACAUCCAAAAUUUUCUAACAACCUGGACGCAUGUUAACGCAGGUUUUUGAUACAAUGCAUCCUACUAUUUGGGAGAAUAUCAGUUUGCAGUGAAGAAAAACUUGCACGGAGUAUAAAAGAUCCAAAUGUUUCUUCACGUGGAAAGCACAACUGAGGCUUAAGUCCUUAAAAAGGAAAUGUGAAAUCCCGUUAUCAUUUUCAAACUGUUAUAAAAUGGCAUUUUUGUUUUAAGUUAAAUAUUACUUUGCACAAAUGGAAAGUCAGGUUUAUACUGCAUUUUUAUGUUCAAAUUUGAAUUAACAUUUGAAUAUUGCCCACUUUAAAACGGGGUAUGAAUUUGAAAAUUAAAUAUCAAACAGUUUUUCCAUGUUUAUUUCAUUAUGGUCAUAGAACGCCCAUGCAAGUAUGUGAAAAUAAAAAUACAAAAUGGAUUAUUGCAUUUUCAUUUUUACUGAAAUAACACAUAUGAAACCACAUUUUCACUUAAAAGUUUAAAUGAUCAUUUUAAUAAAGUCCUCUAUGAGCUUCCAUACAAGUCAGACUAGAUUUUAAAUGUGAUUAUCUUACUGAUUUAAAAAUGCAUAUAUUUUUGCAGUGAUCCAUAACAAACCCAGGUGGGAUGCUAUAGCUAUUCAUUGGAAUGUAUACACCCUUCAGACCUAUUUUUUGGCUUUAUUCAUUUCUAUUAAGUUGCUGUAUAUUGUCUCCAGUUGACCAAAAUGUGAUGGGAAGAGGUCCAAGUACCUGCUUUUGACUGUGAAGAUGGUUGCACUAGAUGACAAUCAGAGUAAUUCUGGCUGUUAAAUUAGACACAAAAUAGCUAAUUAAAGACUGGCAUGAGAACCCACUGCAUCCUUAUACCACGUACAAUGCCAAU